AUGGCUACGCCGCAGAACCUUCCAAGACCGCCAGGGGAUGCUGAAAACCUACUAGGGAAGGACUCCUCGUCGUGGUACAUAUUCGUGCCCACUGCCGUCUUGGUCUACUUGUCGCUAGUGCAGCUUCUACGAUUUCGCGCGGUCCGGGCCCUGGAGCGCAAGUAUGCCGCUUACGUCGCGGACCCGUAUAAGCUAAACUACCGACAGGCGGCCGAAAUCAUGCGUCUACAUCAGCUCUACGACACGCCUUUCCUCUUCUACUUCGGCACCCAAUGGGCCCUCGUCAAGAGCUACGGUAUGUCCACCGGCACACCCCUCCUCGUCCGCACGCGGCAGCUCUGCGACCCCACCCGCGUCGGCCGACGAGCCGAAGACACGGCUAUCCUAUUAGUCGAAUUGCUCCUCGGGGAUAUCGACUCCGAACGAGGCCGCAGAGCUACGGCUCGUUUAAAUUGGAUCCACGGACUGUAUUCUAAGCACAUCAUGGAGUACGAUUAUGUACACACGCUGGCGCUAUUUGUUCUCGAGCCCGCGCGCUGGAUCGAUAGGUACGACUGGCGGCCCUUGACGCGGCUCGAGAAGGUCGCGUAUUUCGUGUACUGGCGGGAACUUGCCCGGCGCAUGGGGUUCGGGGAGCUUGUCCCGGAGACGCUGGAGGGGCUUGAGGAGUGGAAGGUGAAGUAUGAGGAUGAACAUAUGUAUUUUAUCCCUGAGAACUAUAUGGUAGCAACAGCAACGGUGGACUUGUUCAUGCGGACGAUUCCGCGUUUCUUGCAUGGCGUUGUGCGAGCUCUUUUCUUGUCGUUUAUCGACGAGAAGCCAGUCCGUGAUGCUCUCGGUUUCCCGGAUCCGUCUUCGUGGGCGAUGGCGCUAACGGCGGGGUUCUUCCAGCUACGCAAAUUCGCAUUGCGUUACUUGUUCCUCCCGCGCAUGGCGCCGAUAGAUCCCAUGGCACGGCCCGGCGAGGACGGCCGGUUGUAUCGCGAUGCGUGGUGGGUCGGCUUUGAGCCAUGGUAUGUUGCCGAUACGUGGUAUAACCGGCUUGUGCUAUGGCUGACGUCGGGUGGCAAAACGGCGCCCGGGGGUAAAUACGAGGGCAGGGGAUAUGUCCCGGAAGAAUUGGGACCGGUCGAGUUUGAGAAGUCGGGGAAGGAAGAAGUAUUACUUGAGGCGGAGAUGAUGAAAAGGUAUGCGAUAGGGGCUGGAUGUCCGUUUGCUUUUGGACGUUGA